UUGUCGCUGUGACCGGAGACAGGCUGCUGUCACACGGCCACCAUGUUAUCCCAUUCCCGGUGUGUCACCCGGAAUUUUGGCCGUUCCCUCUCCGCUAUCCGCCAGGGGAAUAAUGCAUUAGCUCGUCGGGCCACGUCAGCUCUGUCAGCUAGCCGCGCUCUCACGUUGAACAACAAUGUAAAAUCUGAUCCCCGGUCCAGCGUCUUCCAAAUCCAGUACUUCAGGACAUCUGCAGCCUACAGAGAUGAAGUUGUCACAGUCAAGACCCCGGCGUUUGCGGAAUCUGUCACAGAGGGGGAUGUGAGGUGGGAGAAAGCUGUUGGAGACACCGUCUCGGAGGAUGAGGUGGUCUGCGAAAUUGAGACCGAUAAGACGUCAUUGCAGGUUCCCGCUCCUGCUUCUGGGGUGAUCGAGGAGCUUCUGAUCCCCGAUGGAGGGAAGGUCGAGGCAGGAACUGCACUCUUUAAGCUUCGGAAAGGAGCUGGUCCUCCAAAAGCCGAGGCCCCGGCCGCCGCAGCCCCUCCGCCGCCUUCUGCUGCCCCCCCUCCUCCCCCCUCAGCCGUGGGCCCCAUUCCCACCGCCAUGCCCCCGGUGCCACCUGUGCCAGCACAUGCUAUGAACGCCAAACCAGUCUCGGCCAUCAAGCCCACUGCCGCUGGGGGAGGGGCUAAAGCUGAGGGAGGGGCUCGAGGAGCCAGGACCGAGAGCAGGGUUAAGAUGAACCGCAUGAGGCUUAGAAUUGCCCAGAGACUGAAGGAAGCCCAAAACACCUGCGCUAUGUUGACUACGUUUAAUGAGGUCGACAUGAGCAACAUCACAGAGAUGAGGCAGACUUACAAAGACGCCUUCCUGAAAAAGCACAACAUCAAGUUGGGCUUCAUGUCUGCGUUCGUGAAGGCUGCUUCCUACGCCCUGGCUGACCAACCUGCUGUCAACGCCGUAAUUGAUGACACGACCAAAGAGAUUGUGUACAGGGAAUACGUCGACAUCAGUGUCGCCGUGGCAACGCCAAAGGGUCUGGUGGUUCCUGUCAUCCGCAACGUAGAGGGAAUGAAUUUCACUGAUAUUGAGAAGGCCAUUAAUUUGUUGGGAGAAAAGGCCCGCCAGAAUGAGCUGGCGGUUGAGGACAUGGACGGAGGAACUUUCACCAUCAGUAACGGCGGCGUGUUCGGGUCCAUGUUCGGCACACCGAUAAUUAACCCCCCGCAGUCUGCUAUUCUAGGCAUGCAUGGCAUCUUCGACAGGCCCGUAGCAGUCGGUGGCAAGGUGGAGAUCCGCCCCAUGAUGUACGUCGCCCUGACGUACGACCAUCGCCUGAUCGACGGACGAGAGGCCGUCCUGUUCCUGCGCAAGAUCAAGUCCGUGGUGGAGGACCCCAGGGUGCUGCUCCUCGACAUGUAAAUGCACUCCAGGCCCAACCAACCAUCAGAAACGGUGGCGGUGCCCACCUGACGAAGACCUGACUGCAGUUGAUGCUUUGUUGUGUUGGUUAACUCUAAAAAAAAAGUAGAUUUUAGGAGAACAGUCAUGCGUUGUACAGCUGGCCGUGAUGGCGGUGGGGAAAUGGGUCUGGGCUGUCGGUGCUGCUGGUCUCUAGAUCAAACAGAAUAUAUAUUAUAUUACUCAUUUGUGUCAUUUUCUACAAUCUCAACUUGCUGUGAGGUGAAUGACCAACAUGGAGAGAAACUGCCUAGUAACAUGUUGUUUGGGUUGAGAGGAGAACAAAGAGCUCAAGUUGGGCCAGAAACCAAGAAACACUCGGCGCUAAAUGAAGAAGUCGCUGGAGGUUCAUGCCGUCUGGUUCACAAGGAAUGAGGACAAUUCUCUUUAUGCUGUAUAAGAGACUAUUUAAGAAGGAAGAAAAAUAAAGAAUAAAAAGCUGCAAUAUUCGACUAUA